UCUCAGCAUUUCACAUCAAAACUAGCGCCCUCUGAGAUAAACAACGCGAAAAACACACGCACCCUGCAGCGCGUGCGCAGACGUGUUUACGACGGCCGACGUAGCCACUUUCAAGAAAAAUCAUUCGGCAUGAUACGGCCGCACCGAUUGGCCGCCUACGCGGCGAGACAGACCACGUGACCCGAGAAACGUGAGGAUCGUCCAAUGGUACGCGUCCGAGCUAAACCCGUUCCUAUUCUUUCCUACCAUGAACACUUCGUAGAGGCAAACGCAAAAUGGCUUCGAGCGUCAACAAUGUCAUCGAAGAUCGCGUAAAACGUUGUAAAAACGGGACCUGUGUCAAACGAAACUCGCGCACCGACAACGCCAGCGACGCCCUCGCUACCAAGGGGAGCCAUCUGAAGAAGCGUGAGCAACACAGCUGCCGCAAUUUCCCCGGACUGCCGCCGCCGAGCAGAGCGUUUCGGUCCAGCCUCGACUCGGAAACGUCGCCUUCUGAGGACGGCGAUGUGAUUGAGACCGCCGCCGCACCAACCGUCGACGACUGUGAUAUGGAAAGCAGGCAGGCAACAGAAACAAUGAAGCAACCUGUGCCCUCCGUCGAUCCCCUGGCAUCGGCGCUGCCCCACGGUGCCAAGGUGGACGCCCUGCUUGCCGUGGAGGACUCCGCAAAGCCCCUCCUGAACCUGAAGAACGGCGACGUGCGACUGAACGGUGUAAUGCCGCAGGCAGAGGUGGUGGUGAACUGCGUCGCGCCUUCUUCUCCCGCCAAGGAGGUCAGGCAGGCGGACAAGCAGACGGAUGCCAAAAAGAUGGCAUUGAAAUCCACGCCCGUUAAGGCAGCUUCCAAGUCGGACUCCAAGUCCGACUCUAAGUCGGAUUUCUCAAAGGCCGCCAGCAAGCCGGACAGAGCGGACAAGGUCUCUGCUGGGGUGGAAAUUCCCAGCUCCAACUGCAGGGAUGGUGAGAAGAAGCACAGGAGUCACAAGAGCGACUCCCAGGCCUCCAAGUCGGGUCCAAAGGAGAAGACGAAGCACUCGGAACCGCCGGACAAAAAGCAGAAGCUGGGCAAUGACUCUGGGACCAAGUAUCUGGCAGCCCCCAAGGAGUCCGCAGCCAAACACAAGGUGCUCGCAGCCUCCACAGUCGCCACAGUUUCCGCGGCGCCCUCAGUGGCCACGGCCGCCACUCCCCCCGCAACGUCCCCGAGCAAGGGCGGCACGUCGUCGGGCGGCGGAGUGUGCUCGCGCUGCAAGCGCAGGUGCGCCGUGCAGCGCAACGUGGGCGUCCAGUGCAAGAAGGACCGGCACGGUGCGCCGUCCUCCGCCCCGUCCUUUGCGCUGGGACCCUGGUCCCAGGUGCCGCGCCUGCUGCCCUCGUCUGAGUUUGGGCACCUGCGGUUGGGACGCUUUGUGCGCAGGGAGGUCCACCCCAAUGGGGGCGCCUCAGUCCUGCACCUGUACUGGGACGAGAUCGCCCACCUGGAGGCGGCGGACCUCAACCGGCUGGCCAAGGACUUCCUCAAGGAGACGUUUUAUGAGGACCCCCCAGGCGUGGCCAAGUAUGUGAUGGGCAUAGUGCACGGGGCCGCCCACGGCAUGCCGGACCUGGUUGACUACUUUGCCGAGCACCACCCCAACCUCGUGGUCAAGUGCGGCAUCAUGGGGCGGCAGUCGGACAUCGAGACCACCUCCAUGGCCAGGUUUCAGGAGAUGGUGGGACGCACGUACCGCAGCGGCACCUUCCGUUGCGGCCCCCUGCACCAGAUGAGCCUGGUGGGCACGGUGCACGAGGAGGUGGGCGGCUUCUUCCCGGAGUUCCUGGCCGUGCUGGAGCGCUGCCCCUUCCUGCGCCUCUCCAUGCCCUGGGGACCCCUGUCGGCCGUCGAGAUGGACUCCCCACAGGAGAGCAACGACGGGCCGAUCCUGUGGGUGCGCCCAGGGGAGCAGCUGAUCCCGACGGCGGAGCUGGCCCUGCGCUCGCCCAGCAAGCGGCAGUCCGGGGCGGCCCGGCGGAGCGAGCUGCGCAAGCUGCAGUACCUGCCGCGGGCCUCGGAGCCCCGGGAGACGCUCUUCGAAGACCGCACCAAGUGCCACGCCGACCACGUGGGGCAGGGCUUCGACCGGCUCACCACGGCCGCUGUCGGGGUGCUCAAGGCGGUUCACGCCGGCACCUGUGGCGAGAGCAACCGCAUCACCAAGGACGUGGUGGCCUUCCACGCCGGGGACUUCAACCAGCUGGCGGAGAAGUUACAGCUGGACCUGCACGAGCCACCCGUCUCCCAGUGUGUGCAGUGGGUGGAGGACGCCAAGCUGAACCAGCUGCGGCGCGAGGGGGUCCGCUACGCCCGCAUCUCGCUGUGCGACAACGACAUCUACUUCCUGCCACGCAACAUCAUCCACCAGUUCCGCACAGUCACGGCGGUGGCGAGCGUGGCCUGGCACGUGCGGCUGCGCCAGUACUAUCCCAAGGACAGCCCCAACCUCGCCGAUGCCAAGAAGGUGCCCGGCGAGGCCAAGGCAGAGACCAAGGUCGAGGUCAAGGUCGAGGCCAAGGUCGAGGACGGCAAAGGACGAAAGAGGGACGCCGACCCCAAGGGCCUGAAGGAGCAGCCAGCCAAGAGGGUCAAGCUGGAGUCGCCCAAGGGAGCGGCGGAGAGCAGGGAGAGAAGACCGGAGGACGGCUCCCCGACGAAGAAGCAUCGCGGUUCGGAGAAGCACAUUCGUGGCAAGGACAGGAAGGAGAAGAGCAGGGAAUCCAAUCCUAAGGGUCAGGACGGCAGGGGCAGGGACUUGGGCUUGGGGUCUAGGAGUCUCAACACAAAGCCAGUCGAGAAAAAAGGUGCAGAGGUGAAAGCGCUGAAUUAUGAUGCAUUGGAGACAAAAGCUACAUGUUCAAAAUCUCUGGAGACAAAAGUUUCACAGACAAUAGCUUCAGAAACAAAAGCUCCAGAGAUAAGGACUCCAGAGAUAAAGGCUCCAGAGAUAAAAGCUCCAGAGAUGAAGGCUCCAGAGAUAAAGGCUCCAGAGAUGAAGGCUCCAGAGAUGAAGGCUUCAGAAAUGAAGGCUUCAGAAAUGAAAACUGCAGAAAUUAAAAUUGCAGAGAUGAAAACUGCAGAGGUGAAAACUAUAGAAACGAAAAGUCCAGAGACAAAAACUCUGAGGACAGAGUUUUCAGAGAAGAAGACUCCAGAGAUGAAGACUCCAGAGAUGAAGACUCCAGAGAUGAGGGCUCCAGGGAUGAAGGCUCCAGAGAUGAAGGCUCCAGAGAUGAAGGCUGCAGAGAUGAAGGCUCCAGAGAUGAAGGCUGCAGAGAUGAAGGCUCCAGAGAUAAAGGCUCCAGAGAUGAAGGCUGCAGAGAUGAAGGCUCCAGAGAUGAAGGCUGCAGAGAUGAAGGCUCCAGAGAUGAAGGCUCCAGAGAUCAAACCUUCAGAGACCAAACCUCCAGACACCAAACCUCCAGAGACGAAGGCUUCGGUGACCAAAGCUUUGGAGGCAAAAGCUCCAGAGACAAAAGCCCUGGAAAUGAAAGCUCUGGAAACAGAAGCCUAUGAGAUAGAGGCCACCGAGACGAACACUUUGGAGACAAAGGUUUUGGAGGCGACAGUUUCGGUACCGAAAGCUUUGGAGGCAAAAGCUUCGGUGGCAGAAGCUUCAGAGGGGAAAGUUGCAGAGGCAAAUGCUUUAGAGGCAAACAUUCUAGAGGCAAAAGCUUUGGAGACUAAGGUUCCUGAGACAAAACCUCUGGAGAUGCAUGCUCAGGAUACAAAAUCUCCAGAGACAGUUCUAGAGUUGAAGAUGUCUGAAAGUAAACUUCCAGAGACAAAUGCUCUAGAAAUUAAUCCUCCAGAAACCAAGCUUACAGAAAUUGCCCCUCCAGAAAUAAAGCCUCAAGGGGCAAAACCUGUAGAUACUAAGCCUCCAGAGGGUGAGCCUCUACAGACAAAGCCUCCAGAAACAAAGCUUCCAGAGACAAAGCUUCCAGAAACAAAGCUUCCAGAAACAAAGCCUCCAGAGACAAAGCCUCAAGAGACAAAGCCUCUAGACACAAAGCCUCCAGAGACAAGGCCUUCAGAGACAAGGCAUCCAGAGACCAUAUCGUUACAGACAAAACCUCCAGAAAAAAGAAAGGCAAAAUCUCCAAAGACAAAAGCCUCAUCAGUAAAAGAUUCUGGGACAAAGGACACCAGGGGCCAAGAAACCAGAAUUUUACAGACAAAAUCAUUGGUAACAAACACCCUGGAUGGUAAGGCCCCCGACACGAAAAACUCUGAAAAGGUUCUGGUGGCAAAAGCUGCAGAGACCAAGAAUCAGGAGAGAAAAACCCUCGAGAGAAAAUGUCUCGAGACAAAAAGUCAAGAGCCAAGGUAUCCGGAGACUAAAGGCUUGGAAAGAAUCAGUAAAGAACUCAAAGGUCCGCAAACAAAAGUCCCGGAGGGAAAGAAGCGUACUGAACUGAAACAUUUUGAGACUAAAGGUCUGGGAUCGAGAGGGGUAGCCAUGAAAGGUCCAGAGGUCAAGGCACUAGUAUCAAAGGUAGUCGAAACUAAGCCAGCCUCCGAGCUCAGACCUCUUCACACGGUCGUCACGCGAAAGGAGGCCGCUAAGCCUGAGAAGUCCUCUCACGCGAGCAAGACGCACGCCCUUUCAGCCAUUCCGGACGCCCGAACGAAAGCGGGGCAAUCGACCGGCCGAGAAAACAAUCGGAUCCCGGGAGCCGCGGCAGAAGGCACCAAGUCAAAGAAACAUGCACCUUCCGUCUUCGCCUCGCACGCCGUUCCGGCGAGUCCCAUGGUUCCCGUAAUCCCCACGACUUCCAUCUUCGAAGAGACGUUCAAGACGGCGUCGCUUUCCACGUCGCCGCACCCCGUGCUGGUCCCCGUCUCCCCCAUGUUCCACGUCGCGUCGCCCCCUCCGCCAAAACCGCCCGCGAGCGUGGCGAGCCCGCCACGCGACCCCGCGCCGCCGCAGCAGCAGCCAGCCUAUGCGCCGCGUCCCGGCCACCCGACCUACCACAGCCACCCGAUCCAUCCCGGUCACCAGAUGCACCCGAGCCACCUGACGCACCACGUUCACCUGAGCCACCCCAUCCAUCCGAGCCACCUGAUGCACGCGAGCCACAUGAUGAACGUCGGCCACAUGAUGCACGGGAGCCACCUGCCACCGCAGCACGUAUACCCCGAGAUGGUGGUGUCAGGUAGCUUCCUGCCGUCCAUGCGCGACAUGAUGCAGCAGCAACCGCCGCCGCCGCCGCCGCGCUUCGAGCAGGCCCUCAACUACACGGCGAUGACCAGCGGCACGCCGGUUACGUUCGCCGCGCUCGCACCGGGCUUUGGCGUGCCGCGGCUCGGGGUGCCCGCAACGGGUUACUGCCAGCAGAUCCCAGCGCAGCCGGCGCCACCGAGGGUGGCGGAGCCCGAGCGGACGUUGGACGAGUAUGACGACCCCGGCACUCCCCUGAUGGACGAGGAGCCACUGCGCGAUGAAGAUGACGGGGCGCGGACGCCCCCACCGCGCGCCUCCUACGAGUGCUGCACCCCUCUGCUGGCCGAGGAGAGCCCGGCGGUCAGGACUCUGGACCUGCGGUGAGGCGGCGGCCUGGCGGCGCUCGCGUGCAACUGCGGGAAGAAUUUUCUGAACAACCCGCACCGGCGGCGUUGUCUGCUUCGCGCCGUCCGACGGGACGGCUCCGUUUUGUUUCGUGCGGGACACCCGACUCUCCCCGCCGGCGACGCGCGAUCUCUGGAACUUCCGCGCCCCGUGGCCCGGACCGUCAAAAGGGGGGAUUCGGGCGAGGUUACGGGGGUGGUUGUGUGUUCGGCAAAAACUUGUGUGUGUGUGUGUGUGUGCGGUGAACAACUGGUCACGAGUCGUGCAUUUUGUUUCAUUUUUUAAGUUAUUUAAAGCUCGCGUCGUAAAGUGUGUCGGGCGCGCGACGAUCGUCUCGAGGUUUUGUGAUGGAUUUGAUCGUUGCAUCGUACCGAUCGAGUUUUUGCGUUGGUUGAUUUGCCGUCGAGCCUCUGAGCCUCUCCGGGCAACUUCGGCGUGGGAGAAGGCAACCAUCGUAGGUGUGAGAUGUAUAUUUUGAUAAGGGGAACUGUUGCGAGGCAAAAUGGAACGAGGACCAGCUUCCCGAAUUUCCGCCCGGUUGUUUUCUGUCCCGGCACUUUCGUCGAAUUCCGCGUGGUUUUGGUUCGAUAUGUCGGACGACCGGGCAUGUACAGAUCGACCGGUGUGACAAUUGGCUUGCGUACGUUCAUCAUCUUCGGUUUCCAUGUGUACUUACGCAUCAAGAAGUGUCUACAAACUUUCACUCGCUCGAAGGUUUAUUGUACAUAUUCCUGUUCAGUGAAGACAACGUCAUUCGCUGCUUGUAAAAAGAGAGGUCAGUUACAGGUCACUGUUUUUUUUAAGGUCAGCAAAAUUGAGAGGUGACCGAAGCCGAGCUGUGUCACGAAUUGUUCGCCACUUAUUUAUAUGAUGACGUUUUCGCACGAGACUGAGAGCUCGUUGUACAGAUACCUCGACUAAAUAGAGGCAUUUUUUGGCCUCUUACGUAGAGCUUUCUAACGUCCCCGCUACGCACACUGGGAACCGGUUAUGCGCCGCAUCUCUGCCGCCAUCUGAACCUGUGCGCAGCUGGAUUCGCAUGUCGGCCUCCUAUUGGCUGCUUUCCUUAGUUGUGUGUUUAUAAGGACUGACACUGCGAUACGUAAAUGGCUUUGUGUUCUAUCCUUGCGUCCUGUGGGUAGUUUUGGAUUUCGACAUUUCGCGCGGACGGGUGACGGGGAAAACUCGAGCCGUCCUGGCGGUUUGACCAAUCUUCAGGACGGUCGUGUGGAACGCACAUCAUUGUGUUUCAUUUUUAUCACCUCGGGAGGCAGCGUUUUAUUUUCCGGAUGGGGACUCGUAACAGUGCGGGAGCAGUUGGUACGACGGCGAGCCAAGACGAGUCCAGCACUGUUGCAGGGUGCUCUCGAAUCAUGUGGCAAUUUUCCCUUGCCAACCAAAGACAACAUCCCCACGAACCAUCUCUGUAGUCCUACCAGUGUCACGGCAAAACGUUGGGACACUGAACGUAGAUGAACUUCAUACUUACAAACGUGGGAACUCUGCAGUACAGGUGGGGUGUGGUGUCAUGCAGUUGUCCUAGAUACAGUGGAACCUCCAUUAUACAACUUUUGAGGCACCACGCUAAACAGUUGCAUAAUCCGCAAGUCGUAUCAUCCAAGAAAAUGAUAAUUACGGAUACAGUGAUUGGCUUUGCGCAAAAGAGAUGAAUGGAGGUUUUAAAUGAUGUCAAGUGAAUAACCUGCUGUACUUCAACGAAGCAAAAGCCGUCGGAACAAAUUGAAACGAAACCGUAGAAUUGUGCAGUAAAGGCACGAGUAACUUUAUUCUCGCCUCAGAAGAAAUCAGUAAUCGCCUGCUGGACUUCCUUUUGCCGGCGUGCACGAUUGCGACGAUGGGAUCCUUGUCGUUUUUACGCUUUCCGAAUACGGGAAUGGCGGGAACCAGCGGAAGCGUGCUUAAUUCUGGGAGAAGCAAUGAGUUGGAGAAAGUGACGCGCGGAGGGAGAGCGAGGGUAGACGCGAGAACGAUUGGAUGAGCGGACCAAAGACGCAACGCUAACGCUAAAAUGCCGAGGCAUUUCCCAACCCGGGGAGGAGAAGGGAAAGCGCUGUCUUUUGCUCCCUCCUGGCGCUGCAGCCGUCUUGGGUUGCCGGCGGUGUGUUUUUGAGACCUUCUGAAAUGGCGCGCAAGCACUCGGAACUCUUCCUCAUUGCCUUGCCGCCACCCCCCUCCUCAUGCAGCCGGCAAAUUCGUUACGCGUUUCCCACCGGAACGUCGUAGGACGCGUGGAAUCUCGCGUCAUGUGAACCAAACUUUUAAUAUAUUAUUUCUACGGGGAGUUAGCCUGUAAAUUCAUCGUAAAAUGUGGGAUGUUGCAUAAACUGUGGACAAACAAUCGAGGUUCCACUGUAGUAUUCUGGAAAGCAUGUGAGCGUCAUCUAGACAUUGACCACAUCUUAUCCAUUGCCUUUCGGCAAACUUGGAAAUGUAAGAGGCGUCCACGGCUAAGCCGUGAAGUCAGUCGGAUGUAUGUCGGGCCUACCCAUGCUGCACAGCUCCCACGUAUAGUUGUAACUAUGUAGUUUGUUUUGUAUCGCGCUCGGGUCUCGCAUAUUGUGCGUAGUUGGGCCACAGUCGGAACAUUGGACAGCUCGGGAACCGUUCUGAACAUCCCGUUUUCGCCAACCCGGCAUUGCACUUUGGCCGACGCUUGCGAGCUGUGCCGGCCUGCGCUGCUGUACAUAGCUGUAGAAUAUGUGUAAGACACUUUCAUGUGUGGUCCCAUUAGCAAUGCCGGCCACUUUUCUCUGAGGGUGAAAAUCGCAUCCGCAUUGUUUUAAAUUAUAAUCAGCCUGGAAUGUCCUGCCGGAGAUGGUCUUCUUCCUGUAUCAUAUAUGGACGCACCUGUAGAUACACAAUUUUUCACUGGAGCAUGCAAAUCACACUUGGGACAGACUGGUGACCAAUAAAACAUACCCGCUUCUUUAUUCUGA